ACAGCUCCAGCAGCAGAGAACAGACUUGAGGGCUGGGGUCUGUCUCUUGGCCGCUGUCCCCCCUCCCUUGCGCCCCCUCAAACCCUCACUUCAGCGCCCGUGUCUCUCUUCGCGUCUCCGUCCAACUCUCCCUGUGUCUAUCUGUCUCUAGAGCUCGUCUCCCCUCUCCAGCACCCCAUCCUCCUUUCUCUUGGAGACAAGUCCGCGGAUUCCCCUUUCUCAGAGCCACGCCUCCGCGCCGCCAGCACCGCGCCUUCUGCUCGUCCUGUUUUAACUCCCGCAGAGCCCCGUUUCCUCCCCCAGACCGCCCAGGCUCGGCCUCCGAUGGGCGGGCGGGUGAGCUCGCCCGGCUCCUUCCGCGGCCUGCCCUGCGCCUCCAAGGCGAACGCGGAUUGGAUGUCGGCGCUGAGCUCUCGGCUCUGGGACGUGCCCCUGCACCAGCUCUCCAUCCCAGGGAGCCACGACACGAUGACCUACUGCCUGAACAAGAAGUCGCCCAUCUCCAGCAAGGAGCCGAGGCUGCUGCAGCUCCUGGGCAAAGCGCUGCCGUGCGUCACCCUGCCCGUGGUGCUCAAGUGGUCCACCACCCAGGUGCUGAGCGUCGCGGAGCAGCUGGACGCCGGCGUGAGGUACCUGGACCUGCGGGUCGCGCACGUGGAGGGCGGCGCAGAGAGGAACCUGCACUUCGUCCACAUGGUGUACACGACGGCCCUCGUGGAGGACACGCUCACGGAGAUCUCGGAGUGGCUGGAGAACCACCCCCGGGAGGUGGUUGUCCUGGCCUGCAGGAACUUCGAGGGCAUGACGGAGGGCCUGCACGAGUACCUGGUGGGCUGCAUCAAGAACAUCUUUGGGGACAAGCUGUGUCCCCGCGGGGAGGUGCCGACUCUGCGUCAGCUGUGGUCACGGGGCCAGCAGGUCAUCCUGUCCUACGAGGACGAGGCGUCCGUGAGCCGGCACGCGGAACUGUGGCCCGCGAUUCCCUACUGGUGGGGGAACAAGGUGAAGCCCCGGGACCUCAUCCACUACCUGGAGCACAUGAAGAGCUGCGGCCGCCCAGGCGGGCUGUUCGUGGCCGGCAUCAACCUCACGGAGAACCUGGAGUUCAUCCUCGUCCACCCGGCCUGGUCCCUGGAGAGGCUGACCCUCUGGGGGCUCCCCGACCUGUGCGCGUGGGUGCGGGCCCAGUGCCCGGGGUCGGCCGCCGGCUGCACCAACAUCAUCGCGGGGGACUUCAUCGGGGCCAGCGGAUUUGUUAGCGACGUCAUUGGGCUGAACCGGAAGCUGCUUCGGGGCUGACUGACGGUGAGCGGGUGGAGCUGUGCAUCCCGGAGGCUGCUCCUCCGGCGCGUCCUGUGACGUCACCGGGCUAAACCGGAAGCUGCCUGGGGCUGACGGACAGCACGUGGGUGGAGCUGGGCACCGCGGAGGCUCCUCCUCGGUCGGGUCCUGUGACAUCACCGGCCUUAACCGGAAGCCGCCUCGGGACUGACAGACGGCGCGCUGAGGAGCUGGGCAUCGCCGAGGCUGUUGUCAGUCCUGUCCUGCGGGGCUGGUAAUCCGUCCAUCCACCCACAGAAUGUGGGUGGCUGCAGAGGUGGGGCCAGGUGGCAGGGUCCAUGGGCUCCUCGGCCCUCCGUGUCUCUGAGCAGAUGCAGGGUAUGAGGUGAUGAUUAAAGGCGACUGCGUGAUUUGUACCAUCACAUCCUCAGGGAGACACACCUGAUUCUCGGAUCUGUGGCUUCCCCAUGGGAGAGGCUGGGGGACCCCCUUCCCCUGGGCCGUGAGAGCAGCAGACA